UUUUUUUAACACAUUCCCAUCACGAAAAUACUGCCUACUUUUUAAAACAAUUUUUCCUCAUACAAAAUAGAUCGAGAGAGAAAUAAUCAGGUACAUUCACGUACACCACAAUGGCGGUGGAAAACCGACAUACCUUCACCGUUAACACGGUUAGCGAUAUUUACCAGUUACCGGAAGGUUGUAUAGCGAACAUAUUAUCAUUAACAAGUCCGAGAGACACGUGUCGGUUAUCUGUUGUAGCCACGAUAUUCCGUUCUGCUAGUGAAAGCGACGCCGUUUGGGACCGGUUUUUACCACCGGAUUAUCCUAGACCGGAUUCGAUUGGUUGUUUCGGUUCAAAGAAAGAGCUUUAUUUUUAUCUAUGUCAUCAUCCUCUCUUAAUUGAUGGCGGUACUAAGAGCUUUUCAUUGGAGAAGCGCAGUGGAAAGAAAUGCUACAUGUUAGCUGCAAGGUCACUUGCAAUUGUUUGGGCUGACACUCCUAGGUAUUGGAGAUGGAUUUCCCUUCCUGAGUCCAGGUUCUCGGAGGUUGCUGAGCUUCUUGACGUCUGCUGGUUUGACAUUUCCGGAAAGAUAAACACCUCUAUGCUAUCCCCGGACACCAACUACGCAGCCUACUUUGUGUACACAACGAAAUCCAGGACCUACGGAUUUGAUCACCAAAGCGCAGAGGGUGCAGUAGGGAUUUCGGGGCAUGAAAGGAAAACACAGACGGUAUUCUUGGACCCGGAGGCAGCGCGUAGGCACAUGUACCAAAUCGUUCCGCGGCGGGAGGGAUUCUUCAACCAGAUUGCUGAUAUCCUUAGACGGGAAGCUAAUCCUCCGCCUUUAGAAAAUGAAGCACAAGCACGAUACCCACAACAGAGAAGUGACGGAUGGAUAGAAGUCGAGUUGGGAGAAUUCUUCGUGAAGAGAGGACAAGACGUUGAACUCGAGAUGACCUUGACAGAGGUGAAGGGAGGUAACUGGAAAAGUGGCUUAGUUGUUGAAGGGAUUGAAAUCAGGCCUAAGGAAGGCUAAUGAACUUUGAUACUGAAAGUUCAUUUGGUGUCUGUGCUAAGCCAGUUUCCUGUUGAGGGGCUAAAAGCUACAAGGCAUAAAACCAUUGUGUCCCACAUGGAGAUUUUGACCCACAAAAGUAGAGAUUUGCACCAAGUUUAUCAAGAAAUGGAUCAUCAUGGUCAAGAAAUUGGUGCAAAAAGCUAAGUACUUGUAUAGUGUGUUUAGGCAUUUUAUAUAUUGUUGUGAUCGGUGUUAUGGCGUCCCCUGUUUCUUUUUUAUCAAUAGUCAUUUGUGUUAAAAUAAUUUUGUGGAA